CACCUUGCGGUCACAUCUCCGUUGUAACCACCAACACGUCCCUCUUUUCUGAGCGCGCGCGCCUCCUCCCGUUGGUUCCGGACAGAUCCAUCAUGUCGAUGCACGCGAAGGCGACCCCGCCGCAAAUCCCGGACACUCGUCGGGAGCUGGCGGAGCUGGUGAAGAGGAAACAGGAGCUCGCCGAGACGCUGGUGAACCUGGAGCGGCAGAUCUACGCCUUCGAGGGCAGCUACCUGGAGGACACUCAGAUGUACGGGAACAUCAUCCGAGGAUGGGACCGAUACCUCACCAACCAGAAGAACUCCAACAGUAAGACCGACCGGAGAAAUCGGAAGUUCAAGGAAGCGGAGCGUUUGUUCAGCAAGUCCUCCGUCACGUCCGUCGCAGCGGUGUGCGCGCUCGGCGGGAUCCCAGAUCACAUGAACGAGAAGCGUGAGGCCGGCAGCGGCACAGAGAGCGACGCGUCCCCAGACCUUCAGAACCAGGAGAACGAGCCGAGCCAGGAAGACACGGAGGACGUGGACUCCACGCUGCAGGACCUGAAGCCUCAGAAAGCUGCCUCCUCUUCCUCAGGCAGCCAUCACGGGAGCUACAAGAAGAGGAAGAACAAGAACAGACACAGCCCUUCUGCCAUGUUUGAUUAUGACUUCGAGUUCGACAUGAAGGUCAACAAGAAACCGAGAGCCGAUUAUUCCACCUGAAGACCCGCAAACUCCAUGAACUUUGCUAUGUUUCAGCCCGAACGUUUGUGUAUCGUUGAAACAUUCCCCCCUCCUCCACACUUCGUCUGUCCUGGUUCGGAUCAGGCGGCGUCGAAAUCGCUCGCUCCUGCAGCGACGCGCCAUCUUGUAUAGUGUUUAAAACUGUAUUUAUUGUGAUUUUGUUUUUUUUGUCUUUGUAAGAAAGUUUUUGUCAAGUAUCACCCGAACCAUUCUUUUAUGAAAUUGCUUGUUUUACAGAAAAACCAAUAAACCGGCUGGAACGUC